UGUAAAUAGGAACUAAAAUAUAAUGGAUAAUGAACAACAGAGUUUACUUAAUGCCUCAGCUAUUUCUGUAGAAGAUGGAAAGAAAACCAGUUUUUGUGGAGACAUUGGAGACCCCCAAGGACUUUUACAUCGUCUUAUUGUUUUAGCUUUGAUGUGUUUUUUAAGUUUUGGUAGCUAUUUCUGCUAUGACAAUCCUGCAGCAUUGCAUAACGAAAUUAUCAGUGAUCUUAAUUUGAAUGAAGCAACUUUUAUGCAGCUUUAUGCUUGGUAUUCAUGGCCAAAUGUAAUUCUUUGUUUCUUCGGGGGAUUUUUACUCGAUCGUAUACUUGGUGUUCGUAUGGGUAGCAUCAUAUUCAGUUUGUUUGUUCUUGGUGGACAACUAAUAUUUGCAUUAGGUGCUACAUUGGAAUUAAUGUGGUUGAUGGAUAUGGGUCGUUUUAUCUUUGGCAUUGGAGGAGAAUCUUUAGCAGUUGCACAAAAUACAUAUGCAGUGUUGUGGUUCAAAGAAAAAGAACUUAAUCUUGUGUUUGGAUUGCAACUCAGCAUGGCAAGGAUUGGAAGUACGGUGAACAUGAACAUCAUGGGACCUGUCUAUGGUUGGGUGAAGAAAGGAAUUAAAUCCGAUAGAACACUUGGAAUUUCACUUUUUAUUGCUGCCAUAACUUGUGUGUUUUCACUUGGAUGUGCUCUUAUGUUAGCUUAUCUCGAUAAACGAGCAGAAAGAAUUGUAGAAAGAAAAAAGAAUGCUUCAGAUGAAGUUGUGAAGUUUACUGAUGUUCGCCACUUUUGCUUCCAACUGUGGAUGGUGUUCCUUGUGUGUGUUGGAUAUUAUGUUGCAAUAUUUCCUUUUAUUGGACUUGGCAAAGUAUUUUUUGAAGAGAAAUUUGGCUUCAGUCCUUCAAGUGCGAGCGCUGUUAACAGCAUAGUGUAUAUUCUAUCAGCACCUUGCUCCCCUGUGCUUGGAUUCCUAGUUGAUAGAUUGGGUUAUAAUGUAUUCUGGGUGAUAAUAGCUGUACUCUCCACACUUGCCAGUCAUGGAUUACUUGCCUUUACAUUUCUAAACCCAUGGGUAGCUAUGAGUAUUAUGGGGGUGUCAUACUCACUUCUUGCUUGUGCGUUAUGGCCGAUGGUGGCUUUCCUUGUACCUCAACAUCAGCUUGCCACUGCAUAUGGAUUCAUGCAGUCAAUACAAAACCUCGGGCUUGCCAUUAUUUCACUUGCAUCUGGCUCAAUCCUGGACAGUUCUGGUUAUUUUGUGCUUGAAAUAUUCUAUUGUGCUUGUAUCUGUGUUGCACUCAUGGCUGCUCUGUUGCUCUACCUUGUGGAUCUAGGAAGGGGUAGUGGGUUGAAUUUAUCGGCAAAAGCAAGAGAACCUCAAGUAGCAGAUGAGGUUGAAAAUGCUGAGAGUUCCAUUGAAACACAAGGCACUCACCCAGCAUUUGUUCGACCAAUGACUGCAUUUGGAAUUCGAAACCGAUAUUAUUCAAGAAUUGGAGCACAAAUACCUGAACAUUUGCUUGCACAUGCAAACAUCAACAGGUCCCGGUCAUCAUCAUAUGAAGCUAUUUCUUAAUAUUUUAUUCUCACUGUCACCCGUACUUUACACUGCUUUUAAUGAAUUCUUCUUUAUGUUAAAUCUUCACUGAUUUUACCCGCUGCAUCUGCAACUAUUACACAUAUAUUCUGACCUGUUUUCGACAUAAUUUUUACAUAAAUAUAAUACGUUCUUUCAUCUAUACACAAAAGAUAAAUAUUAUUCUCUUUGUCAUUAAUGCCUUUCUUGAAUAUUGUGAUUUUAAAAUUGAUUUUAUUGAGCUGCAUGAGAAAUAAAACUGACAAUUUGUUUUGAUCUAAA